AUGACUGGAGAGAGCUAUGCCGGCCAUUACAUUCCUCAGCUUGCCUCCACCAUUCUCCAACACAACAAAGCCACGAACCAAACAAAAAUUAUCAACCUCAAAGGCAUUGCACUUGGAAAUGCCUGGAUCGACGACAGCACGGGUCAACUGGGUAUUUAUGAUUAUUUGUGGACUCAUGCUUUGAACUCUGACGAGACCAAUGCAGGGAUACACAAAUAUUGUGACUUUGCUUCUGAUAAUUCUUCCAGUUCAUGUGAUAAAUAUCAAAACCAAGCAAUGGACGAGGCUGGAAAUGUUGAUAUUUACAACAUCUAUGCUCCCCUUUGCAAAAUAUCACAAGCCAAAUCUCCCUCAACUAGCACUGGUUCUGUUAAUGGAUUUGAUCCAUGCUCUGAUUAUUAUGUGGACACCUAUCUAAAUCUUGUGGAGGUGCAAGCAGCUCUUCAUGUCAAACCUACAAAUUGGUCGGGUUGCGGUGGUGUUGGAUGGACGGACAGCCCAACGACAAUGCUACCCACAAUUAAGCAGCUCACAGCAAGUGGGAUAAGUUUAUGGAGUAUAGGUUGGAGGAUAUGUUGCUGGGUACGAAGGGUUGACACUUGCUACGGUAAGGGGAGCUGGGCAUAUGGUUCCCAGCUAUCAACCACAGCGAGCACUCACCUUCAUCUCAUCUUUCCUUCAGGGGAAGCUUCCUCUACCUCCUAA